AUGGCUACCCCUAGUGUCCUCGCUUUUGACGCUGAGGGUCGAGCCAUUGACUUUGAGGUCUGGGUCGACGACCUGCAGCUGUUCUUACAGUGCGAUAGGGCGGACGGCCUUUCCCUCUUUGACCUCACCUCUGGCGCCUCUCCUGCCCCUGCUGCUGAUGCUGACCCCACUGUUCGCUCUCAGUGGGCCACCCGCGAUGCUGCUGCACGUCUUGCUGUGCGUCGCCACUUGCCCACCACUGAGCGCGCGCACUUUAGUCAGUACAAGAGUGCUCAGACCUUGUACGACGCUGUAGUUGCGCGCUACUCUUCCCCUGCCACUGCUGCACUGAGCCUCACACGCCUCCCUGACUCCCUUCGCAUAGUCAGGGACAACUUCCUCUCAGUCUGUCCCACCACUCUCACUGUCGACCUCCUCCAGAAGGCCCUCCUAGCGGCGGAGAAGAGCAUCGUUGCUGUCGGAGCCUCUCGUGGUGACCCUCGCACCCCCAUCUUUGAGGGGUGUUCUCCUUCCCCCCUACUGCCCUCUGUUGCCUCUACUGUUGCUGCCAACCUGCUUGGUCUUGAGUCGGUCGGCGCGGCGUCUGCCCCUAGCGGGAAACGCCGCCCUGGCAAGGGCAAGGGGGGCAAGGGCGCGGGUGGAGCUGGAGGGGGCGGUGGAGGUGGCGGCGGAGGCGGCGGAGGGAGUGGGGGUGGCGGUGGGAGUAGUGGCGGAGGCGGUGGUGGUGGUGGCAGCGGCGGAGGAGGCGGCGGUGGCGGCGGCAGCGGUGGGAGUGGAGGCGGCGGUGGUGGCGGAGGUGGAGGCGGCGGUGGCGGAGGGGGUGGAGCUGGUCGGGGUGGUGCCCCGCAACGGAGCGGCUCUGGUAGUGCUAUCUUUGAUCUUGACUUUGAUGCUAUCCUUGCUGCCAUGUAUGCUGUGACUAUUAGUGAGGAGGGUGACUGUUACCGGUGUUUCCCACCCGGCCCGAGCAUUGGUACUGCUGCGCUAGGUGCUUGUGAGGCUGCUGCUCUAGGUGCCAGUGCGUCUGCGCUCUCAGGUUUUGGUGAGGCUGCGCUCCCAGGUACUGUGUCGGCUUCGGCCUCCCUCACUUUCACACUUGACUCAGGGGCUUCUCGCUCCUUCUUUCGAGACCGCACCACACUCACGCCUCUUGGUCGGCCGGUUGCGGUCUCCCUGGCUGACCCCUCUGGGGGUCAUGUCCUCUCUCACUUCUCCACUGUCCUCCCGUGUCCGGCUGCCCCCUCGGGCACCCUGUCUGGUCUGUACCUCCCCUCGUUCUCGACGAACUUGGUGAGUGGUGCUGACCUGCAGGAUGCGGGGGUUCACCAGUUUACCCCUGCGAGUCAGCGGGUGACCCACUGCACGGACGCACGCACAGGCCGGCACCUGGCCACGUUCUCGCGUCGGCCAGGGUCGAGCCUCUACACCCUGACCACUGAGUCUCCUCCUGUCCCUGCGUCUGGCCAGGUAGCUGCGUCGGGUCAGAUGUUUGCUGCUGCGUCCCGGUCUGGUCCUGAGUCUGCCCCCUGUUCGUGUCGCCUCCUGUCUCACGAGACUCUCCUGUGGCACCACCGUCUUGGCCACCCCUCCUUGCCUCGUCUUCGGGGCAUGGCUUCCCGUGUUCUUGUCUCUGGUCUCCCCCGGUCUCUCCCUCCCCUUCCUUCGGGACCAGGACCUUCCUGUGUCCCCUGUGUCGAGGGGCGCCUAAGGGCUGCUCCUCACUCCUCCCAGUUUCCCCCGACAGAGGCUCCUCUGCAGACACUUCACAUGGACGUGUGGGGCCCGGCCCGCACCUUUACGCUUCCGGACUCUCCACAGCAAAAUGGGAUUGCUGAGCGCCGCAUUGGCAUGGUCAUGGACGUCGCUCGUACGUCCAUGAUGCAUGCGGCUGCCCCCCAUUUUCUGUGGCCGUUUGCGGUUCGGUACGCGGCGCAUCCGCUCAACCUUCACCCCAGGGUCUCCCGGCCGGAGACCUCCCCAGCUCUGCUGUGGACGGGGAAGGUCGGCGAUGCGUCUGCGUUCCGUGUCUGGGGAUCUCGGGCGUUUGUCCGCGACUUGUCUGCGGACAAGCUGUCCCCUCGUGCUGCUCCCUUUGUCUUCCUGGGCUUCCCCCCUGACGCCCCAGGGUGGCAGUUCUACCACCCCUCCUCUCGUCGUGUUCUGUCCUCCCAGGACGUCACGUUCGACGAGUCGGUCCCCUUCUACCGUCUCUUCCCCUACCGCACUCCUUCCCUCCCCCCACGGCCACACUUCCUUGUGCCAGUCGAGCCGGUCGAGGUUGCUGGUGACUCGGGUACUGCCGCGGGUGCUGAGCCUGGGGGUGCUGACUCUGGGGGUGCCGUGCGCGUGGGUGCUGCGCCUGGGGGUGCUGAGACUGGGGGUGCUGCGCCUGGGGGUGCUGAGCCUAGGGGUACUGCGACUGGGGGUGCUGAGCCUAGGGCUGCUGAGUCUGGGGGUACUACGUCGGGAGCUGCUGAGCCUGGGGGUGCUGCGUCUGGAGCUGCUGAGCCUGGGGGUGCUGAGCCUGGGGGUGCUGCGUCUGGAGCUGCUGAGCCUGGGGGUGCUGAGUCUGGGGGUGCUACGUCAGGAGCUGCUGAGCCUGGAGGUGCUGCGUCUGGGGCUGCUGGGCCUAGAGGUGCGGAGCCUGCGGCCGCUGGACCUCCCCUUGUGACGUCUAGCGGUGCUGGGCCUGGAGGUUCUCUGGGUGCUCCGUCUCGGUGGGAGCCACUCUCUCCACAGGAGCUGCGCGAGUGGUUUGCUCGCCGCUGGAGGCGUGCUGCUGGAGCUGGAGCUUCUUCGGCCGCUGAGGGUGCUGGUGCCGCCGGUCCCGGAGCUGCUGGGCCUGCGGGUCCUACUGGAGCUGGCGCUGCUGAGGGUGCUGGUGCUGAGAUUGCUGCUGUCUGUCCUGUCGGUGGUCCUGCUGCUGGUGCUGCUGGAGGUCCUGCCGCUGGAGGUGCUGUUGGCGCUGGUGCUGCCGGAGGUGCUGAGGGUGCUGGUGCUGUCCCUGCUGUGUCUGGAGUCGCCGCGCGGCCUCGGCCGUACUUCGUUCCGCUCCUGCAGCAGGUUCUUGGUCUUUCUCCUCCUGUAGAGUGUCCACCGCCUGUCCAGUCACCGUCACAGUUAGAGCUCGCCUCCCCACUUCUUGCUCCCUCUCCUUACACUGGUCCUACUGCAGGUCUUGCUGAGCGUCGAGAGCCUGCGUCUCGUCCCGCGUCGCCUGUUCGUGCUGCUCGCGCUAGUGGUCGCGGUUCGCGUCAGCGUCCUCCUCCUGUCCCUGGCACGCACCGGAUGUCUCUGCGUCCGUCCACUGCUCCUCUGCGUGCCCCUUUGCCUUCUCCUCCUGCGUCCUCUCUUCCUGCGCUUGCUGACCCGGAGUCGGACUCUCUUCGUACUGCCAGUCCUACUGUCACACAGCUCCUUGCUACUGUCGUCACUGACCCCUCGUUUGAGUCCGCUGCUGCGUCUGCGCUUGUUGCUGAGCUCGUUGACUUUGCUGCUCGCUGUCGUCUAGACUACGCUGCCAGUCUUGUUGCUGAGUCUGCGUCUGUCUGUCCUCCGUCCGUCGGGGGUGAGUGUGCUCUUGGCACGGACGUCCUUGAGGACAGGCAGGAGGAGUUCCAGUGUCUGGUUGCUGCUUCACCUCAUCUCGUGUCUGUACUGCUUGCCCCUGAGGGAGACCCGGAUGCACUAGACAUCCCGACUCCGCGCUCUUACGCGGAGGCCGUAGAGGGUCCCUACUCCUCUCAGUGGCAGGCAGCUAUGGAUGCAGAGAUGGCUUCCUGGAAGUCCACAGGCACCUACGUUGACGCGGUUCCCCCACCUGGGGCGAACAUUGUCAGUGGCAUGUGGAUCUUCAGGGUGAAGCGGCCGCCGGGCUCUCCACCUGUCUUCAAGGCGCGGUACGUCGCUCGUGGCUGCAGUCAGCGGCAGGGAGUUGACUACUUUCAGACCUUCUCUCCCACCCCGAAGAUGACCACUCUUCGGGUUCUGCUGCACAUAGCCGCUCAGCGCGACUACGAGCUUCACUCUCUUGACUUCAGCACUGCUUUCUUGCAGGGUAGCCUGCACGAGGAGAUCUGGCUGCGCCGUCCACCUGGCUUCACUGGGACUUUCCCUCCUGGCACCCAGUGGAGCCUCCGACGGCCAGUCUACGGUCUCCGCCAGGCACCACGUGAGUGGCACGACACACUGAGGACUACGCUUGCGGCUCUUGGGUUUGCUCCCUCUACUGCUGACCCUUCGCUGUUUCUGCGCACCGACACUUCUCUGCCGCCGUUCUACAUCCUCGUGUACGUCGACGACUUGGUCUUUGCCACAGCGGACACUGCUGGACUCGCCUACGUGAAGUCCGAGCUGCUGAAGAGACACACGUGCACAGACUUGGGUGAACUGCGCAGCUAUCUUGGCUUGCAGAUCACUCGGGACAGAGCACGCCGCACCAUUACCUUGACUCAGUCACACAUGGUGCAGCAGGUCCUUCAGCGCUUCGGCUUCACGUACUCCUCGCCUCAGGCCACUCCUCUGUCUACUCGCCACUCGCUCUCAGCUCUGCCUUCGGAUGAGUCCGUAGAGUCGAGUGGCCCGUACCCAGAGCUUGUUGGCUGCCUCAUGUACCUGAUGACCUGCACACGACCUGACCUUGCAUACCCUCUUAGCAUUCUUGCACGCUAUGUUGCUCCUGGGAGACACCGACCAGAGCACAUGGCUGUAGCGAAGAGGGUGUUGCGCUACCUGUGCAGUACGUCGGGCAUGGGGCUAGUGCUUGGAGGGCGCAGUCCAGUGGUCCUCACUGGGCACGCGGACGCUUCUUGGGCAGACGACCAGGCUACGCAGCGUUCGUCACAGGGUUACACCUUCAGUCUUGGUUCCGGCUCUGUCUCAUGGCGGGCUACUCGCUCGUCUUCUGUCCUCAGCUCCAGUUGUGAGGCUGAGAUCUAUGCCGGGGCCAUGGCUGCACAGGAGCUUCGCUGGCUCACCUACCUGCUGACUGACCUUGGAGAGCCGCCUCGUUCUCCUCCAGUGCUGUACGUAGACAACAAGGCCAUGCUGGCCUUGUGUCGAGAGCAGCGCCUGGAGCACAGAACGAAGCACAUUGCUCUCCGCUACUUCCUUGCUCGUGAGCUACAGCAGCGUGGACAGUUGCGGCUUGCGUACGUGGCCUCUGAGGCCAACACUGCUGAUGUGUUCACCAAGGCACUCGCGCCUUGUGACCAUCAGCGCUUCUGCACUCAGCUGGGUCUUGUACCUGUUUUGCCUCACUUGCUCUCCUCUUGA